AUGUCCCACGACGGCGAGCCCGACCCGCAACCCCGCGAGCACUACCCCCUUAACCGUGACUUGCUCUCCUCCGCCCGCCUGCACCUCCAGCACACCGUCUUCGUCACCGGUCUAGGCUACUUGCUGCACCCGGACGUCCCUAUCGGGCCCGGCUCCCACGUGGCUGAAAUCGCCACCGGCACCGGCAUCUUCGCCCUUGCCCUCGCCGGGGCCCACCCCGAAGCCCGCGUCGAAGCCUCUGACAUUUCCCUCGCCCAGGUCCCCAACCAGCACUGGUGGCCCGCCAAUGCGACCUUUGCGGUCCUCGACGUCCUCCAGGACCCCUUGCCGGACUCCCUGCUCGCGCGCUACGAUGUCCUCUGCCUCCGCCACUUCGUCUCCCUACAGCCCGGCGAUCCGCGUCCGCUGAUCGCCCGCUUGCUGUCUAUGCUGAGGCCCGGGGGCUAUCUGCACUGGCAGGAAUGGGACCUGACCACCGCCGCCGUCUCCGCCCCAGACGGCACCUCAACACCCAAAAUGCAGGCGCUGAUCGAUUACAUCAAAGAUCCCGCCCGACACGUCGCCCGGGCCACCUGGGUUGGCGAUUUGCAUCAGAGGGUCGAGUCCGGCGAGGUGCCUGGCGUGGAGCUGGUCGCUUACGACCGUGUCCGCCCCACUAAGCCCGAGGUCAUCGCUAUGCAUCAGGAACUCAUGGCGCUGGGCACCAAGGAGGUAGUCGCCAGUCUGCGGGCCCGCGAGGGCGAGGCGAGCGUCGAGGCCGCCAAGUUCGAGAAGAUUGCGCACGACGCCGUCGACGAGUGUCUGAGCUUGGGGAGGGGCCCUGUGAUCGAUCAGGAGAUGGUGACGUGGGUGCUGAGGAAGAAGUGA